AUGGACCAACAGCAGGAGAAGGUGGACCAACAGAAGGGAGAAGAUGGACCAACAGGAAGGAGAAGAUGGACCAACAGGGAAGGAGAAGAUGGACCAACAGCAGGGAGAAGAUGGACCAACAGGAAGGAGAAGGUGGACCAACAGCAGGAGAAGAUGGACCAACAGAAGGAGAAGAUGGACCAACAGGAAGGAGAAGAUGGACCAACAGCAGGGAGAAGGUGGACCAACAGAAGGAGAAGAUGGACCAACAGAGGAGAAGGUGGACCAACAGAAGGGAGAAGAUGGACCAACAGGAAGGAGAAGAUGGACCAACAGAAGGGAGAAGAUGGACCAACAGAAGGAGAAAAGUGA